GGUGAGGAACUGGACAACAAGUGCAGGGCUGAUCGGCGUCAGUGGUGCGCGUGAACAAAAUCCCUCAACGAUAACCGAUAACAACAACUCAGUUGGAAGAGCGGUUUCUGUCCUUUCAGAUGUGUGAGGGACCUUCUAAAAUAUCUGGGCCAAUCCCCCCAGAUCCUUCUCUAUUUCCGCAGUACUACAGACGACCUGUUUCAGCUCGAGGUCGUUUGGAAGGAAACCAUGAUGGGACCCUGGCCUUUCUCCUGGGUCCACUUUCUCCAGACCCAGUCUUGAACCCGGACAGCUACAGUACUCGAACCCCGAGCUGCCGCCCUCGUAUUGGCCCAAAUGCCACUCAUAUUCUUGAGCGUGGUCAGAAAGGGGUUGUGGGAGAACUACUAAGACUGGACCAGUUUUCUGCAACUCCUGUUCCCAAGCAGAAAAAGAAAGUACAUGACUUUGGUAAAGAGAACGUACGUCGACUCCGUGAGAUCCAGAAACGCUGCAAAGAGCAGGAAGCUGAGAGAAUCCAGACCCGUUCUAUCCCAGUCAAAGCUCUAUGGACCUCCACAAAAUACCAAAACGUCCCUUCCAGGUUUAUGGCACAGUUAGAGGUUUCUAGUCCAUCAGUUAAGCCUCAGUGUCAAAAGUUCCUGAGGGCCCACUCUAAAGCAGGCUCUCCUACACUACCAAGACCUUCGACUGUGGCUUUGCAGCGCUCAGCCUCUUCCAGUUCUACACAGGACCAUGACUUAAUGGUGCGGGGUCAGACAAUAGACUUUGUGAAGCAUAAUGCCCGGGCAGCUGGAAAAACCAACAUUCGUCGUUCACAGUCACUGACAAACCUCAAGGAUAAACCCGUCCCAAGCGCAGUUAAAGGCCAGGUCCCUCUGUAUCUUGAGGAAAGAAAGCAGCAAUGGCGCAAAGAGGAGGAAGAAAGGAAGAGGAACGCACCUGACCCUUCCAUCCCAGCGGGUCACUCAUUGAUGCCUGAAAGCGAGAGGCAGGAGAAACUCAAGUCCCUGAAAGACACCCACCGCUCAUUAGUAACCGAGCUGCUCUCCCUCCCCUUAAAGACGGACAGUCUCCGUGUUCGGACACGCCGGGCUCAGCUGGAUUAUACGCUCUCUGAGAUUGAAGAGGCCAUAAAAAUUUUCUCCAGGGAUAAGGUUUAUGUCAAACUUGAUUCCUAACACACAACGAGACCUUAUAAAAGAAGACAAAUUUUGUUAUUAUAUUGUUGUGGAGGAGUUUUUUUAGACAAAGAACAUAUUUUCUAAAGUGAUAUUAUGAAGAUGAAUUUUUGAAGUUGCGUGAAGUCAUCAGCGCUCACAUAAAACUAUUUCUGAAGUGAUAUGCUAUUGCUUGUGUAUGAAUGAAGAUCUUUAGUGGAUCAUAAAUGUGUAACCAUACCUGUGAAAAUUCUAGGAUUUUAUUACCGUACUAAAAUAAAAAGGUGAUCCACAAUGAACAACUUACAAACCUUUUCAAAACAAUAAAGUGACAUUUAUCCUCUAGAUUCCAACAGCCUUAAGAGAGAAUAUGAGAAAUAAAAAACCAGGAACCAUUGAGUUGUAGAAGCGUACAAACUGUAACGUUUGUUGAACCACCUUUGAUGUAAUUUCAGUAUUCAGUCUUCUUUUACAGGACUCGGUCGUCGUCGUAAAUUAUGGCUUAAACGAAGGGUCCAAAAGAGAAACUGCCUGGAAAUGUCUACAGGGUCAGCUGAAGUGUAUUUGAGAUUAAUCAGAUUCCUUAAGAUGGCUAAGGAAACUAAAUGCUGUAAUUAAAUUGGAAGGUACAUCAACAAAGCAUUAGCUCAAGACUGUGCAUUCUUAUGCAAUUAGUUUAUUGCUGGUUCUUUACCAGUAGUUUUAGUUUUAUUAUUUUAUUUUAUGUGAUAUAUAUUGAAAUUGUAUGUAUGUACAAAAUGUUUUAAAGGUAUUUAUCAAAGUCUAUUUCUAUGCUUUAAUUUUAAAUUGUGCUUUUUUCAAAACAGAUGUGCCCACUUUUAAGAGCAUCUUU